AUGAUUCAAUCAGAGCAUGAUAACGCUAAACGAGUACUGUCUUGUACUAAAGUUUUCUUCAAACAACUGUCAGCACGUAAACCAAUGAUAACAUUACAAGCGGAAAUUGAUACACGAAAUGAAUUGAGACGUGAUCUAAGUUGGAUUCAAUUACUUGCUAUAGGUCUUGGUGCGACUAUUGGUGCUGGAAUAUUUGUAUUAAGUGGACAAGCUGCUGCAAAAUAUUCUGGUCCAUCAGUCAUCAUUUCAUUUGUUAUAACAGGCGUUAUUGCGUUAUUGGCAUCUUUAUCAUAUUCAGAAUUAGGAGCAAUGAUGCCUAGUUCUGGAUCAGUUUACACGUAUACUUAUACAGCUUUGGGAGAAUAUUUGGCAUGGUUUAUCGGAUGGAAUUCUGCACUACUUUAUCUGUUUGCUAUGUUCACAGUGACAGUUGCUUGGAGCAAGCAUGUCACUCUAUUUAUUGAUAUUGUGUCUGAUUAUAAUGUAACAAGUAAAAUUGUCGGGGCACCAGUAGCUUGGGACGAAGAUGCUGAACGCUUUUUUGCAACUGGUCAAGUGAUUAAUUUACCUGCCAUUGGUAUCACUAUUGCAAUUACGAUUCUUCUUAUUAUUCGAAUUCGUCAAACUGCUAUGUUUAAUCUCGUGUUGGUUGUAUUUAAAAUUAUUAUAAUUUUAAUAUUCAUUUUUGCGUGUUGUAAUUAUGUAAGCCGCGAUAAUUACAGUCCAUUUUUUCCAUCGAAUGAAGGUUCGUUUAGUGAAUAUGGAGUAACAGGCAUGCUACAAGCAUGUACUUAUGUUUUCUUUGCAUAUGUGGGUUUUGAUGCAAUUUCAACAGUAGCUCAAGAAGCAAAGUCACCACAGAGAUCGCUUCCAAUUGCUAUUAUCGGAUCAACGGUUGUUUCAUUACUACUAUAUAUUGGAAUAUGUACUGUGAUGGUUGGACUCGUUCCAUACGAUUUAUUAGACUCAGAUAGUCCUCUGUCUAAAGCAAUAAAAGCUACACCUUACGGUCUUUGGUUAUCAAUUCUUAUGGAUUUGGGUGCUAUUGCUGGUCUUACAACUGUAGCAUUGGCUGUAUUACUUUCACAAACUCGAAUAUUUUAUGCAAUGGCUCAUGAUGGUUUGCUACCAUUAGUCUUUGCUAAAAUUCAUAGGACCACAAAAACUCCCUGGAUUUCGAUAAUAAUUAGUGGUGACUAUUCUUUUUCAACGAUUUAUAAUUAA